AUGGAAGGUGCCGAUCUUUAUCAAGUUCGUCACACUUUACAGGAAAACAAUUCUAGUAAUAUUUCGAUGUGGAGGGACAAUGGCAGCAUGGCGGCUGCUUUCUCAAAAUCUUUUCGAGAAAAGGAAACUGACGAUGAUGUAGAAGCGCUUAAAUGGGCUGCACUUGAGCGACUUCCUACUUACAGUCGUUUAAAGAAAGGUUUACUCAUGUCCACGGCGGAUGGCGGCGGUUGUGAGGUUGAUGUGAGUAAGCUUGAAGCUCGUGAAAGGAAGAAUCUGGUUGACAGAUUGGUGAGACACACUGAAGAAGAUAAUGAGAAGUUCUUGCUGAAGCUCAGGAACCGCUUGGAUAGGGUUGGAAUUGAAAUUCCCACACUUGAAGUCAGAUUUGAAAAUGUAAAUGUUGAUGCAGAAGCUCAUGUAGGAAGAAGAGCUUUGCCCACUUACUUCAACUUCUUCAUUAACAAUGCAGAGAGCUUCUUGAACUAUCUUCAUUUACUUCCCAGUAGAAAAAGGCAUCUGCGCAUUCUUGAGGAUGUCACUGGAAUCAUCAAACCUUGCAGAAUGACACUGCUUUUGGGUCCUCCAACUUCUGGAAAGACCACACUCUUGAUGGCAUUGGCUGGAAAGCUUGAUCCAGAUUUGAAGCUCUCAGGGAAGAUCACUUACAAUGGCCAUGAAAUGAAUGAGUUUGUGCCUCAAAGAAGUGCAGCAUAUAUUAGUCAACAUGAUCUUCAUAUUCCAGAAAUGACAGUGAGAGAAACCUUGUCCUUCUCUGCAAGAUGCCAAGGGGUUGGCUCUCGUUACGAGAUGUUAGCGGAGUUGGCUAGAAGGGAAAAAGUAGCAAACAUAAAGCCUGAUCCUGAUCUUGAUGUCUUCAUGAAGGCGGCAUCAACAGAAGGAAUGGAGACAAAUGUAGUCACAGAUUACAUUAUAAAGGUUUUAGGACUGGAAAUUUGUGCAGAUACAAUGGUUGGGGAUGAUAUGCUAAGAGGGAUUUCUGGUGGACAAAGGAAGCGACUCACCACUGGUGAGAUGCUUGUUGGACCAGCACAGGUAUUGCUCAUGGAUGAGAUAUCUACUGGUUUGGAUAGCUCAACAACUUUCCAAAUUGUGAAUUCACUCAAGCAAUAUGUUCACAUUCUCAAAGGAACUGCUCUCAUCUCUCUCCUGCAACCAGCACCAGAGACAUAUGAUCUUUUCGAUGACAUUAUUCUACUUUCAGAUGGCCAGAUUGUGUACCAGGGUCCCCGUGAACAAGUGCUAGAAUUUUUUGAAUCCAUGGGCUUCAAGUGCCCCGAGAGAAAGGGUGUGGCUGACUUCUUGCAAGAAGUAACAUCAAGGAAAGAUCAGCAACAGUAUUGGGCACGUAAUGAUGAGCCUUACAGUUUUGUCACAGUCAAGGAGUUUGCUGAGGCAUUUCAAUCAUUCCAUUUGGGAAAGAAACUGAAAACUGAGCUUGCAACUCCAUUUGACAAGAGCAAAAGCCACCCAUCAGUUUUAACAACCAAGAAAUAUGGUGUUAAAAAGAGAGAGCUACUGAAUGCUUGCUUCGCAAAAGAAAUAUUGUUGAUGAAAAGGAAUGCAUUUGUCCACAUCUUCAACCUCAUUCAGCUUAUAGUGAUGGCACUAAUUGGAUCAACAAUCUUCCUGCGGACAGAGAUGAUGUGCAGCAAUUUAAUUGAUGGAGGAAUUUAUAUGGGGGCUUUAUUCUUCGUUAUAGUUAUGAUUACGUUUAACGGAUUGGCAGAACUUGCCUUGACAAUUUUUAAGCUUCCUGUCUUCUACAAGCAAAAGGACCUACUAUUUUUUCCAGCAUGGGCAUAUGCUCUUCCUGUAUGGAUUCUCAAGAUUCCAGUCACAAUCAUAGAAGUUGGAGUUUGGGUAUUUAUCACUUAUUAUGUCAUGGGAUUCGAUCCUCAUAUUCAUAGGUUUUUCAAGCAGUACCUUGUGCUCUUUUUAACUAACCAAAUGGCCUCUGCAUUAUUUCGACUGACUGCGGCAUUGGCUAGAGACUUGAUUAUUGCUACCACAUUUGGAUCAUUUAUACUGCUAGUACUUUUUGCAAAUUCUGGCUUUGUUCUAUCAAGAGAUGAGGUAAAGAAAUGGUGGAUUUGGGGUUACUGGAUAUCACCUAUGAUGUAUGGACAGAAUGCAAUCGCGGUAAAUGAAUUUCUUGGGGAGAGCUGGAGUCAUAAGGUUUUUCCGAAUUCCGCGGAAACACUUGGAGUUGCAGUAUUAAAAUCCAAGGGCUUCUUCUCAGAUGCCUAUUGGUACUGGAUAGGAGUAGGUGCAUUGAUUGGCUUCACAUUACUAUUCAAUUUGGGAAAUAUAGUGGCUCUCACUUAUCUGAACGCACUUCAUAAACCUCAGGCUGUUAAAUCAGUUAACCAAAGCACUGAAGAUGAUGACAGAGACAAAAAAGCAACCCAUGCAGAAAAAGGAAAUGAUAUUGGUAGAAGAACCACCUUAGAGGAGUCAUUAUUCAUGAGGCCAGAAACUGCUGCUAUAAUCAUUCAUGAAAAGAGAAGAGGGAUGAUCCUUCCAUUUGAACAACGUUGCAUUACCUUUGAAAAUAUUACAUACUCAGUAGGCGUGCCAAAGGAAAUGAAAGAUCAAGGUCUCGCUGAUGAAAAAUUGGUGCUACUGAAAGGUGUGAGUGGUGCUUUCAGACCUGGUGUUCUAACAGCUUUAAUGGGGGUAAGUGGUGCUGGUAAAACCACUCUGAUGGAUGUGCUGGCUGGAAGGAAGACUGGUGGAUACAUAGAAGGGAACAUCACAAUUUCAGGGUAUCCGAAGAAGCAGGAAACAUUUGCUCGAAUCUCAGGAUACUGUGAGCAAAAUGACAUUCACUCUCCUCAUGUUACUGUCUAUGAAUCCUUGCUCUACUCAGCAUGGCUACGACUGCCCCCAGAAGUGAACUCUGAAGCUAGGAAGAUGUUCAUUGAUGAAAUCAUGGAGCUUAUUGAAUUAACCCCAUUGAAAGGAAAUCUAGUUGGGUUGCCUGGUGUGAAUGGUCUAUCAACUGAGCAGCGUAAGAGGUUAACCAUAGCGGUUGAGUUGGUAGCUAACCCCUCCAUUAUAUUCAUGGAUGAACCAACUUCAGGGCUAGAUGCAAGAGCUGCUGCAAUUGUCAUGAGAACUGUUAGGAACACAGUUGACACAGGAAGAACAGUUGUAUGCACCAUACAUCAGCCUAGCAUCGACUUAUUUGAAGGUUUUGAUGAGCUAUUCCUAUUGAAGCGAGGAGGGCAAGAGAUAUACGUGGGGCCAUUGGGUCACCGUUCAUGUCAUCUGGUCAAGUAUUUUCAGGGAAUAGAAGGAGUCAGUAAAAUUAAACCUGGUUACAAUCCAGCAGCCUGGAUGUUGGAUAUUACAUCUCCAGGACAUGAAGUGGCUUUGGGGAUUGAUUUUGCUGAUCUGUACAAGAAAUCAGACUUAUACAAGUAA